AUGUUCCCUCAAGCUACUUCGGAUCCCACAAUCGCGAAGAAGCAAUACUAUGCCACCAAUUCUCCUUGGGAAGAAAAGAUCGGCUACUAUCGUGCAGUCCGUCGCGGCCCCUUCAUCUUCGUCUCUGGCACCACAGCCGUCGACACAAGCUACAAUAUCACCAGCCCGAAAGUCCUUCACCUAGGUGACGCAAAAGCCCAAGCUCUGAUCGCAUUUGGAGAGAUUGUCAAAGCCAUACAAGCGCUUGGAGGUCAGGGUGCGAAGAGCAUUGUGCGCACAAAGAUGUUUGUACAGCGACAAGAGGAUUGUGCGGCUGUAGCGGAAGCAUUCACUGAGGUCCUGGGAAAGCAGAACGGAAUUGAUUAUGGAACUGCUGCUACGAUGGUUGUUGUCGGUGGAUUUGUGGAUCCUGAUAUGCUUGUUGAGAUCGAGUGCGAUGCUGUGAUGGAUGCGGAGGCCUAG